UUGUUGAUGACGUCACCAACGUGGGUCAAGGCAUAAUCGGUGGCAGUAGAGGAAGAUUUGCUCAAUAGCACUCAACUUAAUCGAUGGUUAAAAUUAAAAUAGUAGUUUAUGAAAGCAAUUUAUUGACUUCAAAUUGCACGUUGAAGCAAGAGAAAGGGAGUCAUGUCGGUAAAUUACGCCGCUGGACUAUCUCCCUAUGCAGACAAAGGUGUAUGCGGGCUCCCGGAGGAGUUUGAUAGUCCAGAGGAGUUGAGAGCCAAGGUGGAGACUCUGGCCCAGCUGAUUAAGGAGUCUCAGUACAUGGUUGUCCACUCAGGAGCGGGAAUCAGCACCUCUGCAGGCAUACCUGACUUCAGGGGUCCUAAGGGUGUAUGGACCAUGGAGGAGAGGGGAGAGACUCCCCACUUUGAGACCACUUUUGAGGAUGCCACGCCCAGCUUUACCCACCUCGCUCUCCUGGGACUGCAGAGGGCUGGCUACCUUAAAUACCUUAUCAGCCAGAAUGUAGAUGGCUUGCAUGUCCGCUCAGGCUUCCCCAGGGACCUUCUGUCUGAGCUGCACGGCAACAUGUUUGUGGAGGAGUGUGGGAAGUGUGGCAGAAAAGUCAGUGAAACAUUCGAAAUGCAAUUUAUCAAGACACCAGAGGGAAUGGAGCUGUGGGUUGUGUGGUUGUCCAGGCAGUAUGUGAGGGAGAAGGUGAUUGGUGUGAUGGGGCUGAAGCCGACAGGACGCUACUGUGAGGAGGUCCGCUCCAGGGGUCUCAGAGCCUGCAGAGGGAAGCUGAUCAGCACCAUACUGGACUGGGAGGACGCUCUACCCGACAGAGAUCUCAACAAGGCAGAUGACGCCAGCAGGAAAGCAGAUCUAGCUCUGACUCUGGGCACCUCCCUGCAGAUCAAACCCAGUGGAAACCUCCCCCUCCUCACCAAACGCAAGGGGGGCAAGGUGGUCAUCGUUAACCUGCAGGCUACCAAACACGACAAGCAUGCACAUUUGCGUAUCCAUGGUUAUGUGGACAAUGUCAUGAAACAGCUGAUGGAACUGCUGGGAUUGGACAUUCCAAAGUGGGAGGGGCCAACCCUCUGUGAAAGCUCCACAGACAACACAGCACCUGACGCUGAUGUGAAACCACCGCCUGUUACAAAAAAAGAAGUGAUGAGGGAGGAGAGGAAAAGACUGGCUGAACCCAAAGAUGAAGAAGUGGAGGAGGGGAAAGGGCCACGUCCAGUGAAGAAGGAGAGAACAGACUCACCCUCGGAAACAGAGGAAAACAAAGGGUUUGUGGUUCACUCUGACUCUGGGCCUGUUGAUGGCCAAGCCCCCGUGACCAGGACCCCUCCAAGCCUUUAGACAACCAGAUUCUCCCCCUACUCAUGCAAACAUGCAAGCGUCCACAAGCCCAACUCUACUAAUACUCUCCCACUGGUGUCUUCCACACACGCACACACACACACACACACACACACACAGAUCAAAGCUCACGCCCAGCAACAAUGAAAGUCCUGCAGCCUAACUGACGUAAAGAUUACUGGUGGAACCCUCCAGAGAGACCUACAUCACAGAGAUAUAUGACUUGAAUUAUAACAGGUCUUACAUUGAUACAGGCUGGAGGCAGGUGCCCCAAGUUCUUGCAUCAUUGGAAUCCAGAGCAAAGCCACAAAGCUCAGAUUCUAGUGGACCAUGGAAUGAAAUUAUGAUUGAUGCUUAGAACUGAAUUUGAAUCCUUUACAUCCAAGAACCAGGAUGGUGUACUCAGGAGGCUGUUAUAGAGGACACACGUUACCCUAGGUCAUCCAUAUGUCUCUUAAGUUGGCUGGUUGCCUAGUUAAUGCCUUUGAUGCUGUGAUAUCAAUUUUUUACCCCCGAAUCUUUCUUUCUUAACCUUGACUUGUAUCACAUUCAUUGUUUUGUUUAUUUAUAUACAUACUCUGUGUUCUGACAUCAAGUACCUGUACAAAUGUCCAGAUGUUUCGAUAAUAAACAUUGAAUAUGAAA